AUUACAUGUAAAGAGAUACUUCAGCUUAACCUGUACGAUAGUGAAAACAUCUGGAACAACUUUGCGACGACAGAGUUAACUUACACAACUGCUGCCAGAGUCCUUGACGUACGUAACUUACCUACGUGGUGAUAUGGGAGGACCGGAUAAGCUUACAGAUGCUGAGCGAGCGGCGGCGAUAGCCGCCUUCGAGAAGCUGGGCAUUUGCACUCAGCUUGCGGAGGCGGCGGCCAACCUGGGAUGGAAGUCACCAAGCGUCAUUCAGGAGCAAGCAGUCCCGCAUCUGCUGCAAGGCCAGGAUGUCAUUGGUCUGGCCCAGACCGGCAGCGGCAAGACGGGCGCCUUCUCGCUGCCCAUCCUGCAGGCGCUCAUGGACCGCCCGCAGGAGCACUUUGCGCUCAUCCUCAGUCCCACUCGUGAGCUGGCCAUCCAGAUCGCGGAGCAGGUUGAGGCGCUUGGCAGCGGCAUCGGCGUCAAGUGCGCGGUGCUGGUGGGUGGUAUCGACAUGAUGGCGCAGGCCAUCGCGCUCGCCCGGCGGCCGCACAUCCUGGUGGGCACCCCGGGGCGCGUGGUGGACCACCUGAGCAACACAAAGGGUUUCAACCUGAAGCAGCUGAAGCACCUGGUGUUGGACGAGGCGGACAAGCUGCUGGACAUGGACUUCGAGCAGGAGAUCGACCAGAUCCUCAAGGUGAUUCCCCGCGAGCGGCGCACGCAGCUCUUCUCCGCCACCAUGACCAACAAGGUCGCCAAGCUGCAGCGGGCCUGCCUGGUGAAGCCGGUCAAGGUUGAGGUCGCUGCUAAGUACUCUACAGUGGAGACGCUGCGGCAGCAGUACGUCUUCAUACCCGCCAAGUACAAGGACGCUUACCUGGCAUUCGUGCUCAACGAACUCAGCGGCUCAACAUUCAUGAUCUUCACGCGCACCUGCGACUCCACCCGCCGCAUCGCGCUGCUGCUGCGCAACCUGGGGUUCGGAGCCGUGCCCAUCCACGGCCACAUGAGCCAGCCCAAGCGGCUGGGCGCGCUGAACAAGUUCAAGAGCGGCGAGCGCAACAUCCUGGUGGCGACCGACGUGGCCAGCAGAGGGCUGGACAUCCCCUCGGUGGACGUGGUGGUCAACUUUGAUGUGCCGCAGAAUUCCAAGGACUACAUCCACCGAGUGGGCCGCACCGCCCGUGCCGGCCGCUCAGGCCGCUCCGUGACGCUGGUGACGCAGUACGACGUGGAGCUGUUCCAGAAGAUCGAGCACCUCACAAGCAUCAAGAUGGAGUUGUUCCCUGCUGAGCGCGAGGAGGUGUUGCUGCUGCUGGAGCGGGUGAGCGACGCGCAGCGGCUGGCAACCAUGCAGAUGAAGGAGGCGGACGCGGGCAAGAAGGGAGGCAAGCGGAAAGGAGGGGACGACGGAGAGGAUGAGGGG